CCCCCGCCGAGCAGUAUGAAAGGUCAUCAGCUUAUAACCGGCAGCGGCGUGCAAGUUAAACACAAAAUGCUAGACCUCCACUCUUGGUUCUUAUCUAUAACUUGCUUGGAAGCUAGAUUGUCCGUGGACGGCACAGACCCUCCCGUCACAACAGCACUCGUCAAAUAACUCAUGAUGGCUAGGAAGUAUGAUGCUGGGAAGUAUAUCAAUACCGUGACCACCAUCGCUCCACAACAUCGUACGAGAUUCUCAGGAUACGUCACACCGAUCGUGAACUCCAUCGAUCAGCACAAGGGUCGAGUGGUUUUGCUCGCACGGCUCAAAUAUCUACACAAUAGGCGAUGCCACAGCCAGAUAUGUGACUUAAAGUCUGGCGAAGAGAAGGGUAUGGUGUAAAGUAUAUGGAAGGAUUCCGAGAAGGUGAUAACGAGGUAUUAUGACUUCGAA